AUGGAGGUGGGGGGCUGACAUAGUGCCCCCCUUCCCCCCGCAACAACACCAUUCGCCAUUCUUUAAGGCAAGUCUCGAACGCCUAACCUUUUUACAUAGUACGUGCCCUCCUUAUGUACCAUCGACGUCACCUAACCACCAUAUCAUAAUGCGAAGUAUUAAGAUAAAAGCACGUUAAUCUCACUACGAGGAGUAAAAAUAAUUCCAAGUUAUACUAGGAAAUAUGUUUCAGCCAAAUCCAGAAGAUCGUCUUCAUCUUCGAAAGCACCGCGCCCGUUCGGUCAUUCUUACAACCCAAGAGCUGGUGGAGAUCCGAGCUGCUCAGAGAACCUUUGAAGGGGCAUAUAUGCGGACUGCUCUCUCGCAAUUCAGUUUUGCUCUGAUCAUACUUAAGAUCUUCACCUCCGAAUUCUAUGCUAUAGGCGCUCUCUUUGCCGUUUAUGGCGCAGCAGUCUUGCUAUGCUCCAUAUAUCGUCGGUACCAGGGUAACACCCAAUUUUUUAUCUCGACCGAUAACAAUGGUGAGGUAACGAGCAAGUUCCGCACCAGUGGUAAUAGUGUUCUGCUUCUCACCGCUCUAAGUAUCGGAGCUUAUGUUGGUCUAAUGGUUCUAACUUGGCAACUGGAGGCGUGAAGAAUGGUGGCCGGAAACCUACAGAGUCUUGAAGCUCGAAACGGAACCCUGUAUCAUUUGCUAGCUAUCAUUUACAAUAGGCUUCCAGGAUUAGUAACACCUCUUAAAGUAGAUAGUCGUCGGCCUUCGGUUGUUUCGGUGGGAGUAUGCUAGACUGAGGUGUUGUACAACGGCGUAGGUAACGUCAGCUUACGCAACUAUUAUGGUAGAGCACACGACAUAUAAAAUAAUGGAGCAUCCAUAAGGGAUAUUUGUUGUGCAUCUAAGACAUCCUAGGCACGACGACGCCGAAGUGAGUUUCGCUUUGUGUUAGGUAUUGUGUAACGAGUAACGAGUAAUCUCGCCAAACCCCCA